UAUGUAUAGAUCUAACUCAAGCCAAUCUAAAUCCGAACCCAUCCGAUACAAGUACAACUCACACAACUCACACGUGCUUGUUUGUGUGUGGUGUCAGUGGUGUGUCUAUCAUGGGUGCAAAAAAACGGAAGGGGCGAGCCGUGAAAGCCGCGCAGAAGGGGAGCGUGUCCUCGGAGCCGGAGGAGCUCUCCCAAGCACCGCACACCUUCGUCAUUUCGCGGGGCAAGCUGGGCAAGAACACGACCGAGCUCAUGCUCAACUUCCGGAAGGUCAUGGAGCCCUACACGGCGUCCAGGCUAAAGGUGCAGAAAAAGAAUGUGGUGAAGGACUAUGUGUCGGUGGCCGGUCUGCUGCACGUGACGCACAUGGUGGUGUUCACUAAGACGGAGCAGGCCAUCUACCUGCGGAUGGCCCGGCUUCCGCGCGGACCCACGCUGACCUUUCGCGUGGAAGACUACGUCCUGGCCAAGGACGUGCUCUCGAGCCUCAAGAAGAAGAUCACCUAUGGCCACCAGUACAGCUCCCACCCGCUGCUGGUGCUAAACAACUUCAGCGGCGAGGGCAUGCACCUCAAGCUCAUGACGUCCAUGUUCCAGAACAUGUUCCCUUCCAUCAACGUCAACACGGUCAAGCUGAACACCAUCAGAAGGUGCCUCCUCCUGAACUUCAAUCAAGAGGACAGCACGAUCGACUUCCGCCAUUACACGAUCAAGGUGACGCCGUGCGGCAUCAACCGGGCGGUGAAGAAGCUGGUGCAGAGCCGGGUGCCGGACCUGAGCCGUCUGCACGACGUUUGCGAGUUCCUGGAGCAGCCGGGGGCCUCGGAGAGCGAGGCGGAACUCGAGGGAACUUCCAACCAGGUGCUGCUGCCCCAGAGGAUCGCCAGCCGGGGGAACGCCCUCAACCAGCAGAGCUCCGUCAGGGUGGUCGAACUCGGGCCCCGGCUGACCCUGAAGCUGGUGAAGGUGGAAGAAGGCCUGAUGGGAGGAGAGGUCAUGUUUCACGCCUUCGUCGAGAGGUCGCCCGAGGAAGUCGAGAGGCUUCGGGAGCGCAGGCUGCAACUCAAGAAAGAGAAGGAAAAGCGUAAGCGUCAGCAGGAAGAGAACAGGCGGCGCAAGGAGCAGGCUGAGAGGGAAGAGGCCACAGACGAGGAGGGUAGCGAGGAGCAAGGGGAGGACGAGGACCGUCAGUGGUACCGGGAGGAGGUGGGGGAGGAACCAGAAGACGACCUGCCUCCUAAGGCAAAAAAGCCGAGGACAACCGGCGUGGUACGGGACAAGGGAGGGAAGAUGGCUGCUCAGAAGACGAGGGCAGACAAGCCGGUUGUUGGGCCGUUUGGGCAGAAGGGGAAGAAGCAGGAGAGUGCCGGCAAGCGGGAGCUGUCGGACUUCGAGGUGAUGAUGCAGCGCCGCAAGAAGCGCAAGAAGCUCAAGGAGAAGGUGAAGCAGCAGAAGCUCCUCACCAAGAAGGUGUCCAAGCUGAGGGCGGCGCAGAACCAGGCCCCGGCCAGGAAAAAGAAGCACCGGAGGACGCGGUAGGCAGUCGAGGAUUGGCACGAGGGACCUUGAAUAAAGUUUGUUUCAUCAAA